GGUACCAGAAGCAGUUAUUUUUAUAUACAAGGUCUAUUUUGGACAGGCCUCAGGUGAGUACCUGUCCAAUUGACUCACUUUUGGUUGGAGGUACUUCCUGGUUCCGUUUGGUUAUUUAUUUCUCGGUGUUUCGGAUUUUUUGAGAGCUAAGCUAGCACAGCAAGCGUGGAAUUUUUGGAUAAGACAAGGAGCUGCUUUAUUAUUAAAUACAAGGUCUAACUUGGACAGGCCUCAGGUGAGUGGCUGUCCAAAUCAUCCCACUUUGGUUAGCGGUACUUCCUGGAUCCUUGUGGUUUUUCUCUUUCUUGGUGUUUCGGAGAUCCGGGUUCCUGAGCUGGUUAUCAACAUGACUGAACGUUUGAUGAAGGAGAAAAUUAAGAAACGGGAGCGCAUGUUUGUAUCACUCAAAAGGCAUGAACAAUUUCUUGAAAAGUAUAAUCAUGAAAAUCAGAGUGGGCAGGUUCAGAGUCGGCUGGACAAAUUGGACGAGAAAAUGGCUGCGUUUGAACAACUUCAGGAAGAAAUUGCUGACAUGGACGAAGAUGAGCAGAACGAGGAGGAGAUCAACAAAGCUUCAACAAAGUUUGAGAAUCAGUACUACGAGCUACGAGCAGCGCUAUUGAUGAAAAUCACUCCGCCUGUAGCAACUCCACCUCCGCUGGAUACGACGCGGAACAUCGCAGGUGGUUUUCAUUCAGGAGUUCGAUUACCUCAAAUCUCAUUGCCAGAUUUUGACGGUGAUUAUCGAGGUUGGCUGACCUUCAAAUCGACUUACGAAUCUCUAAUUCACGAGUCUGCGGAGCUUAGCGACGUUCAAAAAUUUCAUUAUUUGAAGUCGGCGCUCAAAGGUGAAGCGGCGAAAUUGAUCGAAUCGUUGACGAUCACCAGCGGAAACUAUGUGAUAGCGUGGGAAACAAUCACGAAACGUUACUUUAACGAAUAUCUCCUGAAGAAACGACAUUUGCAAGCCCUAAUGGAGUACCCAAAAAUUGAAAAGGAAUCAUCGACUGCAAUUCACGGUUUGGUGGACGAGUUUGAGCAACGCUUGAAAAUUCUCAAACAGCUAGGAGAGAAGACGGACACCUGGGGAGCGAUGAUCGUGCACUGGAUGUGUUCGAAGCUGAAUGGCCAAUCGCUGCAACUGUGGGAGGAUCAUGCUGCGUCGCUGGAAGAACCAAGUUUUACGGAUUUGGUGAAAUUUCUGGAGAAAAGAACGCGUGUAUUGGAAGCUGUAUCGUCGAAUGCAUUAGAGGCAAACAGAUCAACUCAAAAUCGACAGGAAAGGUCUUCAAACAGAUGGUUCAUGCUGCUACAGGAAAUGAACGAGAACGGAUGUCUUCAUCGGUGGCUUGCCCAUGCUGCGGGAAAAUCACUACAUGGCUCGUUGUGCGAAGUUCAUUAA